AUGGCACUUGGAUAUCGUGCUCUCAUAUGCGGCAUCCUGGCCGGACCCUUGAGCCUCCAGUCAGUGUUUGCCUUGCCACUAUUGGAUCCUUUGGUCAACCCUUACGUUGACUGGCUCACUUCCCUCCUCAGCGGCAAAGGUCUGGUUGAGGGUACUCUGGGUACUGUCCAAGGUGCGCUCGGUGUUGGAAAGACAUACGACUAUGUGAUUGUGGGCGGUGGGACAGGCGGCAACGCAAUCGGGGUCCGUCUUGCUGAAGCUGGAUUCUCAGUGGCGAUCAUCGAGGCGGGACUGUACUAUGAGAUCGGGAAGCCCGUGCUUGGCUCCACUCCGGCAGGCGGUAUUGUGGGCAUCGGUGCCAACCCCUUGGACUCGGAUCCGCUGGUCGACUGGGUGUUCAAGACAGAGCCUCAAGCGGGGGCAAACGACCGAGAGGUGCACUAUGCUCGCGGCAAAUGUCUCGGGGGCACUUCCGCUCUCAACUUCAUGAUCUACCACCGGGGCUCAGAGCAGUCCUAUCAACAGUGGGCGGAUGCAGUUGGCGACGAGAGUUACACCUACCAAAAUUUCGAACCAUAUUUUCAAAACGCCGUCACAUUCACGGAGCCCAACAAUGAGAAGCGCGGCGCCAACGUCACAAGCAAAUACGACCCCGCCGCCUUCACCUCUCCCGGCGGCCCCGUGCAGGUCGGCUACACGAACUACGUCUCCCCAUUCUCUACCUGGCUGGAACAAGCCCUUCUGGCCGUCGGCCUGAAGAAAACCAGCGGCUUCAGCAACGGCAAGCUGCUCGGCACGCACUACACUCAAACAACCAUCCGUUCUUCCGACCAGACCCGCAGCGCAUCCGAUGCAUACAUCAAGAGCGCCCUCUCCAACCCCAACCUGUCCGUCUACACCAACACUUUGGCCCAACGCAUCCUCUUCGAUGCGAACAACACGGCAACAGGUGUCACUGUUCAGUCCACCGGCAUCACCUAUGACAUCCAGGCUGCGAAGGAGGUCAUCGUCUCCGCCGGCGCGUUCCAGAGCCCACAGCUCCUCAUGGUCUCAGGCAUCGGCCCGCGCUCGGCCCUCGAAGAACACGGCAUUCCCGUUAUCGCGGAUCGCCCCGGUGUCGGGCAAAAUAUGUGGGAUCACGUCAUGUUCGGGCCGGCGUACGAAGUCGGGAUCAACACGCUGGACUACACGCUGCACAACCCGGUGGCACUGGCCGAUGCACUAGUUGACUAUGCGGCCGAGGCGGACGGAGUCCUGUCGUCCAACGUCGUCGAGCUGCUUGGGUGGGAGAAGCUGCCGCAAGAGCUGCGGGCAAACUUCUCGCAGUCAACGAGAGACGUCCUCGCGGGGUUUCCGGAGGACUGGCCGGAGGUUGAGCUCAUAUCCGCCAACGGCUUCAUCGGUGACUUCGCCCUCCCAGUGCUGCAACAGCCCCUCGAUGGCAAGCAAUACGCAACCAUCCUGGGCGGUCUGGUCGCGCCGACGUCCCGCGGCAACGUCAGCAUCACGUCUUCCUCCAUGACUGACGCCCCGCUCAUCAACCCCGCCUGGCUGACCACACUCGCUGAUGAAGAAGUCGCCAUCGCCUUGUUCCGCCGCCUUCGGCAAAUCUGGGCAUCGGGGCCACUGCGGGAGAUAAGGGUGGGAGAGGGGGAGUUCUGGCCAGGGUUGGGCAUAGACGACGAUCAAGAAAUCCUACAAGUGGUAAGAGAAAGCGCGAUGACAGUAUGGCACGCCGCGUGUACGUGUAAGAUGGGGCAAGAGUGGGACGUGAUGGCGGUCGUGGAUGCGAAGGCGCGGGUGUACGGAGUAAAGGGGUUGAGGGUGGUGGAUGCAAGUGCGAUGCCCAUACUGCCGCCGGGACACCCGACGGCUACAAUUUAUGCGCUUUCGGAGAAAAUUGCUGAGGGUAUUGUGAAGGAGCAGAGGGGGGUGUAG